AUGUCUCAAUCAAAAAUACUUUUAGCAAGUAAAUUAUUACAUGAACUGUAUGGGGAAGUUGUCGCUGAUAUCGCCACACAUUUGAUGAAAUUUGGACCUCGGCAUUUGAAGCUGAUUAGUGAAAAAACAAAGAUUAAAUUGGAACAGGUAAAGAAAGGAAUUGGUAUUCUAAUCCAACAUAAUCUCAUCAAGUUUGAGACAUCUAAAAAGAAACCAGUAAUGGAGUAUACAGUUGACUGUGAUAGAGUUAUUCUGUUAUCACGUUAUCCUAAAUAUAUUUACUGUGCUAAAACAUUGUACGGGGAUGCUGCCGAACUAUUGGUUGAAGAGUUGUUACAAACUGGCCAAUCGUUGAUGAGUGAAUCUACUGAACGAGUCACGGAGCGUCUUAACGAAGCUUUAGAAUCCACAGGGAAUCCAAAAAUAACCACAAGCUUAGUAUGUGAUAAGUUUAGUUUAUUGGUCAACACCCACUUUCUACGGCGCUGUAGUAACAGUGUUUACGAUGCUAAUGAAAGAGUUAUAGGAUAUCAGGAACCAUUAGAAAGAGAUAAACUUUAUAUUCUACCUAAUAUAGAAGGAAGUGUAAAAAGAAAAAGAUUGAGUGAAGAAUCAACACAAUCUAAUAAAAGAUUAAAAACUGGUAGUGAAUAUACUGUACCAGAUGAUGGAAUAUACUGGAUGAUCAAUGUAGACAGAUUCCACCUAUAUUACAGAGAUCAAUUGAUUAUAGACAGCGUCAACAAUAAAAUAGACCAGAAGUCCAGUGAAAUAAUAAGAAGUAUGUUGAGAUUAAGUGAAGUAAAAACAGAACCAAUGUCCACUGUUUCAGCUCCUAUGACUCUAGCAGAGAUCUUACAGUCGUUACCUAAUGAACUGGGAAUGACCAAACAUAUACUUGAACAAUAUCUAUCAAUAUUAGCCGAGGAUUCUUUUCUGUGUCAGUCUCAUGUAGAAUCUGUAGUUCAAGAAAGGUUUGGAUCAAAAUGUUUACGAAUAUUUCGUGUCUUACUUUUAAAACGACACCUAGAGCAAAAACAGAUAGAGGAAUAUGCUAUGGUUCCAACAAAAGAGACAAAAGAAAUGUUGUACAACAUGUUAGCUGAAAAUUAUAUCACUAUUACUGAAGUGUCAAAAACAGUAGACCAUGCUCCGUCGAGAACAUUUUAUAUUUUCCGUGUUCAGUUAGAACAUGUGUCUAGAAUGGUUUUAGAUCAUUGUUAUAAGGCAGCAGCCAAUGCAAUCAGCAGACGACAAAUGGAGGUCAACAAACACAAGAGGGUGCUAGAUAAACAAGAAAGAGUGGAUGCUAUCAUUGCCUCAUUAGAACAGUCUGGAGCAGACGAGGCCCAGAAACAAGAAAUAAGGGAGACGAUCACACCCCCAGAGGCUGAACAGCUAGAAAAGUGUCGAAACACUGUCAAUAUGCUAGAGUCGAGUGAGUUACAGAUAGAUGAAACAAUAUUUAUUAUAGAAAUGUAUUUAAAUUAUCAUCUUUUACAUAAAGCUAUUAAAUAA